UAAAAUUCAAAAUAUGAAAAGAAAACUCCUGUCCAUGAAGCUCAUCACCAUAGACGAAGAAAGCGAAAAAAAGCUCACUCCGAUUCAAACACAAAACACCCAGAAAAGUUCAACGAAAAGAUCUGGGAUCUCAGAAAAAAUUCAAUCUUUUUCAACUAAAAUUAGCAACUCGUCAAACUCAGAAUCAAAGAGAUCAAAAAUGGUCUACUCUUACACACCCACAUACUACUCUUCUCUCCACGAUUCCAUCACCUCCUUAUGCAAGACCAUUCUUCCUUUCAACUUCAAGAAGCGGCGGUUGCUGGCGGCCGAGCAGAAGCUGUCAAAGCUGCAAUCUGAUAAUCUCAAAUGGCAGCAGGAUUCUUUCCACCAAAUACUCAACUUGAUGGGGCUUCACAAAGAAGGGAUUUUGGCUGAAACUGAGGUUUCUGCCUUUCGAUCCCAUUUGCUCGAUACCCUUAUAGCUUCUCCGGCUGAACAAGAGCAAUCAGUGAUUUUAAGAGAUAAAUUGCUGUUUUUGCAGGAGCUCUUGUAUGCAAAAUGUAUAUCUUCAGAGGAGUACCACUCGUCAAAGAGACCAUUACUGCAAAGAUUGGCAGUGCAAGGAGCUGAAAUUGAUGCCAAAGAUGUAAUUGCUGGAGCCACACCAAGAGAUCCCAAAGAGCAUGGUACAGAAGAGGAAUGGUCAGUCAUUGACUUAAAGGAUGAAAACUGUUUGCUUAACAAAGAGAACUCGAAUUCGAAGAGCAAAUCAAAGCAAAGCUCAGCAAAGAAGCAGAUCAAAGGAGCAGCCUCAGUUUUGGGCUUUGUUUCUUCUUACAAACCAGGGAGACACAGAGAAGAGAAGAGCAUAUUCGAUUUGGAGGAAUCAAAACUCUCUGCCUCUGCCUGUUCGAAUCAUGAAUUGGGAAAUUUUGGAGAAAACCCGCUUUGGGAUAGCCAUUUAAAGAGUAACGAAAAUGAGACAAGCACAAUUCUCAUGCCCGGAAGCCUCCCGUCUGAGCCGGUGAGGGAGACUGUUUGCACAGAUAAGGCUAAGAAGAGGAAACCAUUUAAGUCUCUGUUUCAGAAAGAACAGAGAGAGGGACAUGGCGGUGGAAGCAGCGGAGGUGGUGGUGAUCAUGGCCAUCCUAAUAACAGUGAAACAGCAACAAAAUCAGCGAAAAAGCAUUGGGGUUUUGAUGGAUUCAAGAAAUGGAAUAAAAAUGAUUCAGAGGAUGAGACAGCUCCACUCCCUCUUAAUGAAAGAUCAGAUUCUGAGGGAUACUCAAACCAUUUAGUAGCCAGUCCCAUUGGAGAAGGGCCAGACACCAAGCUAAUUAAAAAGAAGCUACAUAAGGAUGGUUCACCAUCUGAUUUCUUCAUUGACAAGGUUUUAGGGGAUAAGAUCAAGAAGGAGCUCUCCAGAAUUCAAACUGAGCUUUCAACUACAAAUCCUAAUCUCAAAUUCUCGAAUGAUCAAAUUGAAGCAAUUUCUACCAAGCUUCCAGUAGACAAGGCUGAGCUCAAGAACUUUUUCCCCAAGUCAUGGUGUGAUAGAUAUGGAGAUGUCGUUUUGGAUGUGGUGAAGAAAGAGUUCAAAGACCAUGUUGGGGAGAUGGAAAACAUGAGAAGUGCAGCAAGAGAGAAACACGGCAACAACUCAAAACGAUGGACCACUUUCGAUGACGACGAUGAGAACUGUCACCCCAAUCUCUUCGCUAAUGGAAAUAAGAUGAGUGCAGAGUCAGCUUUUCUUCAUAACCAGAAUCCAUUUUGGUCACCAAGGCACGGUUAGAAACCAGACUUUAGAUGAAAAGGGAACAACUCUAUAUUUGUAUUUGCUUUUAAUAUUUUGGAAGAACGAUUCUGUUCUUCAAUGUAUACAGACACAUUAUUUGUGUUUGAUUUGUAAUUGAGCUGUUAUAUAAUAUGAAUCAAAAUAUUUGUCCUUUUCUCCAAAACAAUCAAUAA